GGGGGCGGGGCCGGGGCAGGGGCGGGGCUAGAGCCGCUGCCGGGGCCGCAGCGGAGCAGCGCCAUGGCUCCCGCGCUGGGGCUGGGGCUGCUCCUGGGGCUGCUGGGGGACCUGGGGGGCGCGGCCAAAGUUCUCCACUCCCUGCAUUACCUGCAAGUGGCGGUGUCAGAGCCCAGCCCGGGGGUCCCCCAGUUCACGUCCAUUGGGUACCUGGAUGGGAUCCCCUUCACGCGCUACGACAGUGAGCGGGGCCGGGCGGAGCCACUGACACAGUGGAUAAAGGAUGGAGUUGAGCCGGGAUAUUGGGAGAGGCAGAGCCAACUCUAUGCGAGGAACCAGCACGUGAAUGCCAGGAACCUGGGGAUACUGCGGGAGCGAUACAACCAGAGCGGGGGUCUCCACACAUUGUUGCGAGGUAUUGGCUGUGACCUCCUGUCCGACGGGAGCAUCCGUGGAUCCUACCAGGUCGGCUACGACGGGCGGGAUCAUAUCUCCUUUGACCUGGGAUCCGGGAGAUUGGUGCCGGCCGACAGCACUGCCGAGAUCACCAGGAGACGCUUGGAACAGGAAGAGGUGGCUGAGCAUUGGAUGAAUUACCUGAAGCACGAAUGCCCGGAAUGGCUCCGGAAAUACGUCGGAUAUGGGCAGAAGGAGCUGGAGCGCAAAGAGCCCCCUGAUGUCCACGUGUCUGGAAGAGAGGAACACGGGGCGCUGAUCCUGUCCUGCCACGCGUACGGAUUCUACCCCAGCACCAUCACAGUCAGCUGGAUGAAGGGGGGGGAUACCUUGGAUCAGGAGACGCAGUGGGGCGGGAUCGUUCCCAACAGCGACGGCACCUUCCACACCUGGGCCAGGAUCGAGGCGCUGCCGGAGGAGCGGGAGCAGUACCGGUGCAGGGUGGAGCAUCCCGGAAUGCUGGAGCCCGGGAUCUUCGCUUGGGAGCCAUCUGGCGGGAAUCUCACCGUGGUGGUCGCUGUGUCCGUCAUGGCUGCCAUCCUCAUCGUCGUUGCCCUCAUUGGAUUCGGUGUCUGGAAGCUCCAAUCCGGGAGGAGGGACAGGAAUGGAUACAACCCGGCAGCCGGGAAGGACAUGGGAACCACUGGCACAGGAAUCACCGCCUGAGCAAUCCACAGAGCUGGAUCCAGCCCCUUCCCUCUUCCCAGGAAAGCUGAGAGCUGCCAGCAGAGCUCAUCCCGCUGCUCCCACUCACACCACAGCUCUUGCUAGUGGAUCAGUUUCCUGUUUUCCAAUGUUUUAAAGGCAAGAAGCACAAAU